UAUGAAAGAACCCCAGAUGGAACCGCUGCUCCGGAAUCGACGCUUGUUUCAACGAGACGUGUUAAGGAGAAGAGCUAACAUUAACAUUAAUCUGCGCAUUCCUGAAGCUCAGAGACUGUCGAGUUGGCAAAGAUGUUUCAGAUAAAGAGGAUCUGUUGCAUUGGUGCUGGAUAUGUGGGGGGGCCAACAUGUAGCGUGAUCGCUCACAUGUGUCCAGAGAUCACAGUGACUGUUGUGGAUGUCAAUGAGUCCCGCAUCAAAGCCUGGAAUUCAGACACUCUGCCCAUAUAUGAGCCAGGUCUGAAAGAGGUGGUUGAAUCAUGCAGAGGGAGAAAUUUGUUCUUCUCUACAGACAUUGACUCAGCCAUCAGGGAAGCAGACCUCGUUUUUAUCUCUGUUAACACCCCAACCAAGACCUAUGGCAUGGGGAAGGGUCGCGCAGCUGACCUCAAAUUCAUUGAGGCGUGCGCUCGGCGUAUUGUCGAGGUGUCCGAUGGCUACAAGAUUGUCACAGAGAAGAGUACGGUACCAGUACGAGCUGCUGAGAGCAUCAGACGGAUAUUCGAUGCCAACACCAAGCCCAGCCUCAACCUACAAGUGCUGUCCAACCCAGAGUUCCUUGCAGAAGGAACAGCAGUGCGGGAUCUGAAGGAGCCCGACCGUGUCCUGAUUGGUGGGGACGAGACAGCCGAAGGUCAAAGGGCCAUCCGAGCUCUGUGUGCUGUGUAUGAACACUGGGUCCCCAAGGCACGAAUCAUCACCACUAACACGUGGUCGUCUGAGCUGUCUAAACUGGCAGCCAAUGCAUUCCUGGCACAGCGAAUCAGCAGCAUCAACAGUAUCAGCGCUCUGUGCGAGGCCACUGGAGCCGAUGUGGAGGAGGUAGCUAAGGCGAUUGGCAUGGACCAGAGAAUAGGCAGCAAGUUCCUCAAAGCCAGCGUAGGUUUUGGUGGAAGCUGUUUCCAGAAGGACGUGCUGAAUCUGGUGUAUCUGUGUGAGGCCCUCAACCUGCCUGAAGUGGCCUCCUACUGGCAGCAGGUGAUCGAUAUGAAUGAGUACCAGAGGCGACGGUUUGCCUGCAGGAUCAUUGAUUGUCUCUUCAACACGGUCACUGGCAAAAAGAUCGCUCUGCUGGGCUUCUCCUUCAAAAAAGACACAGGUGACACAAGAGAGUCGUCCAGUAUCUACAUCUCGAAGUAUCUGAUGGAUGAAGGGGCUAAGCUGUUCAUCUAUGACCCAAAAGUUCUUAAGGAGCAAAUCAUUCAUGACCUCUCUCAGCCCAACAUCUCAGAGGACAACCCAGAAAGAGUAUCAGAGCUGGUGACUGUGACCUCAGACCCUUAUGAAGCUUGCCAGAGCGCACAUGCAUUGGUCAUCUGCACUGAGUGGGACAUGUUUAAGGAACUGGACUAUGAGAAGAUUUACAAGAAGAUGCUGAAGCCAGCCUUCAUAUUUGAUGGUCGCAGAGUGCUGGAUCACCUUCAUGCUCACCUCCAGAACAUCGGCUUCCAGAUCGAGACCAUCGGUAAGAAAGUGACAGCAACACGGAUCCCCUACGCCCCGGCAGCUGUAUGUCCCCGCAUCAGUGCCAGCGAACCUCCCACCAAAAAAGCCAAAAUCUAAAAAAAAAAAAAAACUCACUUCAAACACACACAAACAUGCAGCACAUUCCUCUCUCAACCUUUUUAUUACCGGUCAAAUAUUUCAUUCUGAUCCAACUCCUCUGCUGUCGGUACUCGCCUUACAAUCAACAAAGCCAAACAGUGUGACUAAUUGCUCCCCUGCAGUGGGAGAGGAAGAAGUUGAGCCUUCAGUCCCAAAUUGUGUGAAUGUGAUCAUGAAUGUUUUUGACGGUUUGGAAGAAGUUCAGUGAAAAUAAACCAUUCCAGACACACAAACGGUUACCUUUAUACAGUUUAUGCUGAAUAGUAUUUAUCAACCAAAUAUUUCAGAUUCAGUUAUAUAUGCACCGUCUGUUGUCGUCAGUUUCAAAGAUAACACUAUUAGUGUGUCUUUCUUACAGUAUUUACUAUAUAAUCAAGUAUUGUUGCUAAACUGCAAAAUUUUAUACUGUUUUUUAAAAAUAUUUUUAUAAAUCAUCUCACUGUCUGUUAAUCAGUAUGUGUCCUCUGUAGCAGUGACUGUUUACUGAAAGGGCCAAUGCAAUAAAAUAUGUGUAGAGUUUG